ACACACACGCACAUGCGGCUUUAAAUAUACGAUUUAUAUAUGUAUUAUGUAGUUUUUUUUCCUUACUAUUUCUCCACUGCAUUCCCUCCCACCAGGGUCUCUGUCACACGCACACGGCUCUCUCUCUGUCCCUCCGUCGGCUGCUCGCGUUCGUACACACUACACGGUACACGCCACAAUCAUUUUCUUCGUAUUCUUUGCGAUGUCUAAUCCCGUGUUGCGCGCUAACGUUUCGCGUCGUAACGUACCGUUUGCCGAUUUGACCGUCGUCGCCGUUGCUGUCGAAGAUACCGCCGCCGAAAGAUUGUGAAAAACAAUACCAUGGAAUGGUAGUGUGGAACGCCACUGUUACGGACUACCGCCGCCAUCGCCUCCGCCACCGCCGGCAACAACAACAACGCGGCGACGACAAUGGACAAUAGUGCGACCCAGGAGUUUGAGUUCCUCGAUUUCACAGACAUCAAUGACAUGGAACGUGGCCGAUUGCUGCACAUGCUGUAUUCCGCACGGAACGAGUCAUGGGUGUCUGGAGAAGAUGGAUUCAAACAUCCUGAUUUUCCAUGGACUUUUCGCGGGACUCAACCUCAAGCACUUCCUCCACCAGGUUUAAUGAACGAAGUGGGCAACAUACCACAUAUUUCUGAUUGGAAUACAGCAGCAGAUGAAUAUGAUUGUGGUUAUCCAACAGUUAAUGGUGAUUCAGAACCUGAGAACCCUGUGAUGAUAAAUGGUGGAAAUUUUGUUCCUGGUCCUCCUCCACCAGUUUAUCAAAUGGUGCCAAAUCCUCCAGUGUAUAUGGGUAAUGUACCUCCGCCAGUACAUGGAUAUGUCCCAUCUCAAAUGUCGCCAUAUCAACAACCAAUGUAUCCUGGACCAGAACCAACUAUGGACCCUAAUCUUAGGCGCCCAAACAUUUCCAGGAAUCCAAAAGGGAUUCCUCCUCCGCCAAAUGUGAAACGGAAUAAUGAUAUUGCCUAUCGACAUCCAGAAAAUAUGGAAAUGGCCAAUUAUCAAUCACCACCAACAUAUAUUGCUGUCCCUCCUCCACAUUAUUAUUAUUCACCUCAAAAUAGUCCAUUAUACUUGCCUCCUCAUCAUGGGCAUCCGACAUAUCCUAUGUACCCUCAUCCACAUCCUACUUUAUACAAUCCAUACCAACAACCUGGUCCUCCUAUGUACCAUUCACCACCAUCUGGUCAAGUACCUCAGCAACCUCUUUUAGUCGAAUCAUGCAAACCUAAUGUUAAUCCAAUUCCACCAGUGCAUAAUAUUUAUCCUCAAGUACCAGAAAAUGUUAAUGAGACUCCAGUGGAUCCAGUAAUAAUGUCGAUACCCCAGGAUAAAGAAGAAGAGUUACAAGUUCAACCAGACUGUGAGGAAGUUAUUGAAAUUAUACCAGAUGUAACAAGUGAUGAACGAUUAGUUAUUGUGAGUGACGUGCCUAUUGUUGUAGAAACAAUUCCACCUGUUGUGUCUUGUGAAAAAAUUAAAGAACCCCCAUCUAAUAAAACAAAAAAAAAGAAAGAACCUGCCCCUACUAUUCCUCCAGAUGUGAUACAAGAAAUCCAAAAGCCUGAGAAGGAAGAAACUAAAACUGAAGAUGUAACUCCUGUUGUAGAAUUGAAAGAAAACAUUCUUUUAAAUCCAGAACAGACUUCUUCAUCUUCUAUUCCUCCUGUAGUUAUACCCGAAGUUCAAGACACUGAACCUGUUAAACCUGUUUUUAAAACAUGGGCAGGACUAUUUACUGGAUGUACUAGUACAAGUAAUGAUAAAGUUUUCACACUACACGGUAGUAGCCAACCAACUACCAAUACCAAUACAGAAUCUAUAAUUAUGCCAUCAAGAAUUUUACCUGAUAAUGCAAUCCGAACAUCAGUAUUUGUAACCAAUAACAACCAAAAACAAACAUUACCAGCUAAACCUAGGCCAUCAAGCAGCAACUCUUUAUCUAAUGUUGAUGAUAAUGCAUUAAAUUUACAAAGAUUAGGUGAAUUUCUUUCGGUUUAUAAUUUGGAUCACAAAACUGCUCAUUUACAACCUCGAGGUUUGACCAAUCGUAACACGCGUUGUUAUAUAAAUGCCACAUUGCAGGCUUUGUUAACUUGCCCUCCUUUUUUCAACCUCAUGAGAAGUGUACAAUUUAAACUCAAAAAUAGAAACAAUCGAGGAGGACCACAAAAAUCCCAAACCCCAAUCUUAGAAAGCAUGGUUCAGUUUAUUGGAGAAUUUCAACAAUUAAGCAUUAAAAAUGGUAGAACCACCCAACAACAACGUCAAGCUACAUCUGUGGCUACUCAAGAAACACCUGAUACUGGUCCAGCAUUUGAGCCAAGUUAUGUUUAUAAAAUAUUACCAGCUUUUGAAGAAGGCCGCCAAGAAGAUGCUGAAGAAUUUAUGAGUUAUCUUCUUAAUGGAAUUAAUGAUGAAAUGAUUGAAUUAAUUAAAAUGAGCAAAUCUAACAUAAGCAAUGGUGAAGCACUAGCCGAAGUAGAUGCUAUUGAUAAUAACAAUGAAUGGAAGGAAGUUAACGGUAAACAUAAAAUGGUGACCAGAAGAACAGUUAUGGAAAAGACUCCUUUGUCAGAGAUAUUCCGUGGGCAACUGCGUACCCGCACAGUGAAAAAUGGUGAAAAUGAACCGACUGAAAAUAUUGAACCUUUCUUCACGCUUAAGCUAGACAUAGAGAAAGCAAAAUCUGUCCGAGAAGCUUUGGACAUGCUAGUCAAUAAAGACACACUCGAAGGAUUAACUUGUCCAAAAACCAACCGUGAAGUAGAUGCGUACCAACAAGUUACUAUCGAUGAACUACCUUAUGUCUUAUUAUUGCAUCUUAAAUGUUUUGAAUACAAGCAACAAAAACUGACUAAAAUUGUGAAAAACGUCGAGUUCUCUGUUGAUCUUAAAAUUGAACCUAGGCUCAUAUCAAAAAAUUCCAAGAUUAACAUGAAGACUAGGCAGUAUAAGCUCUUUGCAGUUGUGUAUCAUGAUGGUAAAGAGGCAAACAAAGGUCACUACUUUGCUGAUGUAUUUUAUGUGGCACUUGGUAGAUGGUUAAGGUUUGAUGAUGCGUCUGUACGUUUUGUCACCGAUAAAGAAGUUUGUCAGCCAAAACCCCCAUGUAUGCCGUAUUUGCUGUACUACAGAAGAAAUGACACAAUUGCUGCACUCUCUGCAUUUGAUAAUAAAGGCAGAUAGUUUGUUAUUUUUACUGACAUUUUGGUACGUAUUAUGCGACGCCUGGGCCACAUGUAUAGAUUUGCAUGAAUAUUUUUUUAAAUACAUAAUUUUUUUUUUUAUUAUUAUUUAUGUUAAUUUAUUAUUUUUUAGAUGUAUAAUUAUCAAAAUGAAAACCCCUUAGUGAGAUACAUAAUAUUUCUUAUGGAUAGAUAUUUAUACUUAGUUGGCCUUCAUAGACAUUGGGGGGUUUACUUUUUUCUCUAUGUUGAAGCAUAUUAACACAGGGUUACUUUAAACAAAAAUGUUUUUAUUAUUAUUAUUUAUUAAAAAAAAAAUAAUAAUAGUUGUAUUGUCUACCGACAAUUUUGUUAGUUUUUCUCUUAAAAAAUACUGUCAUUUUUUUUUUUAAGGCGUAUUUAAAGCUUGACAACAUGUUAAUGGUUAAGUGAAGUAUAGUUUGUUUUUGCCUAUUUGUGCAAGGCGUUUGUAACAUAUUAUAAAUAUAAAUGAUACGAGACUAAAAUUACUAUUUUUUAUUAACUCAAUUAUUUGUUAAUAUAAAUACAUUUUUUAAUUACAUAUAUUUUUUUUUUUGUAAAGUAUUAAAUUAUGUUUGUACAUAAAAAUUAAUUGUAAUGUAAAGUAUCUUAGAGAUUAUUGAGUCAUGGUUGAUUUAUUUAAUAAUUAAAGAGAAAUUAAUGUGUAUAAUGAUUAA